UGAAAGGAAUCAUUAAGUAUUUGUAGACAAAAAUUUGUGUACAUAUAAUCCUGGUGGGUUUUUCAGAAGCUAAUUUAUCAAGUGCCAGGAACUAAGAAGGGUCAGAAAUGUGCAACCCACGUGGGCAUGCAUCCUUCUUUACUAUGUAAGCAUUAUCAAAAAUAAAAUAAAUCUAUUGUUUAAAAAAAAAAGGUUAAAAGAAAUGCACAACCCGUGUGAGCUGACACCUGGGCCUGCCGUGGUUUUAUAUGGGAUGCUGAUUUCCCAGGUCAUAGGUGAUAACAGUAACCAGUGUAGCAGUGGUUUAGCCUCAGCAGUUUUACUUGCAGGACAUGCUGGACUACGGAGAUGCAUGGAGAAUCAUCUCCCAGUGAAGAUUUUAUGAGGUUUUAAGUAGCUAGGAUAUAUUUUGAAUUUCAUAAGAUGUGAUGCCAUUAAUUUGCUAGUUUUGACAGGCGGCCAAAUACUAUUUCAAACUCCAGUCCCCGGCUCUGACCCAUGAGUCUUCACACAGGCAAUCCAGUCUCCUCCUGGAACCAUGAAAAUCUUGCUGGUUUUUGAUUUUGACAAUACAAUCAUAGAUGACAAUAGUGACACCUGGAUUGUGCAGUGUGCCCCAGACAGAAAGCUCCCUGUUGAACUACGAGAGUCAUACCAAAAAGGAUUUUGGACGGAAUUUAUGGGCAGAGUCUUUAAAUAUUUGGGAGAUGAAGGUGUAGGGGAAGAGGAAAUGAAAAGAGCAGUUACUUCCAUACCUUUCACUCCAGGGAUGGUAGAACUUUUCUCCUUCAUAAGAAAGAAUAAGGAUAAAUUUGAUUGUAUCAUUAUUUCAGAUUCAAAUUCCAUCUUCAUAGAUUGGGUUUUAGAAGCUGCCCGUUUUCACGAUGUGUUUGAUAGAGUGUUUACAAAUCCAGCAGGUUUCGAUAACAAUGGUUAUCUCACUGUGAAAAAUUACCAUACUCAUACUUGCAAUAGGUGCCCAAGGAAUCUUUGCAAAAAUGUCGUAUUAGAGGAAUUUAUAGAUAAACAGUUGAAACAGGCAGUGAAUUAUACCCAAAUUGUUUAUAUAGGUGAUGGUGGAAAUGAUGUUUGUCCAGUAUCCUUUUUAAAGAAGAAAGAUGUUGCCAUGCCACGGAAAGGAUACACUUUACAGAAAACUCUUUCCAAAAUGUCUGGAAAUCUUGAACCUAUGGAAUCCUCUGUUUUGGUUUGGUCUUCAGGUGUUGAAAUCAUUUCUCAUUUGCAGUGUCUAAUAAAGGAGUGUAUCCACUAAGAUUAGAUUCAGCAUCAUAAAAUCUAAAAUCUCCAACAGCUAAUGACUUAGGGAAGUAUUUUUUUUCUCACUGAAAGUAAUUCCAGAGGUAAGUAUCUUGAGGCCUUUUUCUUGCUCUAACUGCCGUAGCAUUUGGCUUCCAACUUAAAAUCCAAGGUUUCUGUUCAAGCUACAGCCCUCACAAAGACAUUCUUGCCAGCAAGAAGCACAGUGAGAAGGUCCCAGCUCCUUGUUUUAGGACAUUUCCUGGAAGGGGAAACCAAUGCUGCUGCUUAAAUGCCAUUGGCUAAUACUUGGUCAUAAGGCCCCAGCUACCUGCAAGGAAGCAAGGGAUAGAGAGCUCUCAUUCAACUGGUUACAUGCCCAGGAAAAAUUGGGAAGAAUACAGACUAAGGUAGGUGCAUGCCAUUAGUGGUCUCUGCUAAAGGUGCUUGAUAGAUUAUAUUUUGUUCACUUAUGCCUGGAAAGAGUAGUCAUACUAUACUUUGUCAGAUAUUUAUUUUCAAAAAUGUGUCCAGUGGUUAAACAUCUUAACUAUUUUAAAAUAAGCCUGAUGUUUUAUUCACAUAAGAGAAAAAGGCUUCCAAAUGUGUGUAGUGUCCUCCUAAAGAUAUAGGGAUACAAUAUGUAUUGUUCAAAGCUAUCUAUUUCUUUCUAACAUGGAUUACA